AUGGAUUCAUCGACACUCUCUGCGGACUCCCCAUCACAAUUCCACGACGCCGUAGACAGCAUGGAGGCAGAGGCAGAGGCAGCCUACGACCAGCGGGCAGAGGGCCAGGACGACGCAAUGGGCGGCACCGAAGAAGCUCACACCCCAACACGACGACACAUCCAAUCCCAAUCCGCCGACUUCCCUUCCUCACAUCAGAACUACUCGGGUCCGCCCACGCCAGAUGUGGAUCCGACCGGCAAUGGCAGGUAUCCCACGCCACCAACAUCAUUCGCGCCCUCCAUCUCACGCCCCAACUCGGGCCUCUCUGGCAACGGCGGCGGCUACAGCAACAUGCAAGCCUCGUACGCAGACCAGAACGCCCGUGGUGCAUCGACGGAUCAGAGCAGGAACAAGAACAGCGUGGUCAUCAAGGUCGGCAUGGUGGGCGAUGCGCAGAUUGGCAAGACGUCGCUCAUGGUGAAAUACGUGGAGGGCAGCUGGGACGAGGACUACAUCCAGACCCUGGGAGUCAACUUCAUGGAGAAGACGAUAUCGAUACGCAACACCGAGAUUACCUUCUCGAUCUGGGAUCUGGGAGGGCAGAGGGAGUUCGUCAAUAUGCUACCGUUGGUGUGCAAUGACGCCGUGGCUAUCCUCUUCAUGUUCGACUUGACAAGGAAGAGCACUCUGAAUAGCAUCAAGGAGUGGUACCGACAAGGGCGAGGGUUCAACAAGACGGCCAUCCCGUUUCUCGUUGGCACGAAAUAUGACCACUUCGUCAACUUUCCCAGAGAGGAUCAGGAAGAGAUCUCGAAUCAGGCCCGUAGAUUUGCAAAAGCAAUGCGAGCAAGCCUAAUCUUCAGCAGCACCAGUCACAGUAUAAACGUGCAAAAGAUCUUCAAAAUAGUGCUCUCUAAAGCCUUCGAUCUGAAAUGCACAAUUCCCGAAAUCGAGAACGUUGGCGAACCCCUCCUCCUCUACCAAGCCGUCUGA